AGGCGGGCCUGACAGUCGGUGGACGGCUCCGGCGCCAUGAACAUCUUGCCUAAGAAGAGCUGGCACGUCCGGAACAAGGACAAUGUCGCCCGGGUGCGACGCGACGAGGCCCAGGCCCGGGAGGAGGAGAAGGAGCGGGAGCGGAGAGCGCUGCUCGCCCAGCAAGAAGCCCGCACAGAAUUCCUACGGAAGAGAGCCAGGCGUCAGAACUCCCUGACUGAGCUUGAAGCAGCAGGCGCAGGAGCCCCAAGCUCUGGCCCCGUGGACCUGUUUCGGGAGCUGCUGGAAGAAGGGAAAGGGGUGACAAGAGGCAAUAAGGAGUAUGAGGACGAGAAGCGACAGGAGAGAGAGAGGCAGGAGAAAGCGCUGGGCAUUCUGACAUACUUGGGCCAGAGUGCAGCAGAGGCCCAGACUCAACCCCCUUGGUACCAGCUCCCCCCGGGGCGAAGGGACCCCCAGUCUGGCCCAAGCCCUGAUGAGAAGAUCAAAACCCGCCUGGACCCCUUGAGGGAGAUGCAGAAGCACCUGGGGAAGAAAAGGCACAGCAGUGAAGAAGGUCAUCCUCGCAGAAAGGAGAAACAAUGGCCCAAGGGGCCCCCUUCCCUGGACCAGCUUCGGGCUGAGCGUCUUCAGAGGGAAACAGCCGAGAGGGCAAGGGCGGAGGCCCUCCUGGCCCGGGUACGAGGCCGGCCGCCCAGGGAAGGUCCGGGAGAAGAGGAAGAGACAGAUGAACGGAGACGGCGGUACAACUCCCAGUUCCAUCCCCACCUGGCCCGGCGCCCACGCCCACAAGACCCCACUUUUGCUCACUGACUCUUUGGGGGGGGUGUAGAGGAGAGGCUGCUGCUGCCAGCCGUCAUAUAAAACUAUUUAUUCAUAAAUAUUUUCCAAAAU